AUGGGCAAAAUUCCCCGACGAAGCGCUGGACCUAAACAGGUCAGGACUUAUUUGAUCCAUACCCUCGUCCACAAACACGACGUUACUUCCGAAAUCGCCCAAGCCACUGCCAAUCUGUGGAAAUUCGGCCGCUCAGAUGACUUACGAAAGAGUUCCAAGAUGGAUUUCGUCCGGGUCUUUGGGAAGGAAAUUGGACCGUUCCUCUACGCCAGUGUCGACGAAGAUAAAUACGCUGAGUGGCGGGCCUCCACCUCAGGAAUUAUCAACUACUGGGCUAUGAUCAUUGCCUGCGUUGCUGCCGCCUUCUUCCUUUUCCGGGCGUUUUACUCGCCCGCACAUAUAUGGAAGAACGUGGUGCGAGCGUAUUUGGUGUGGGGGCCGACGUUUCUGAUCUGUGCGGGUCGGGAGUACGAUGUGCGAGAUGGCUCCCUUCAGUUCGGGAUGGCUAUAGUGGGGAUGAUGUCGAAUUUUUUUGCGCCGAUAAUCCUUGGUGGUCUUUGGUUAGCGAAGAAACACCAAGGCGAGUAG